AUGGCUGUACACGACCUAUAUGCCGAACACGGAUUCAGCUUGAGCCCCGUCUUACUGGCGGCUCUAUCGCUUUACGGAGGUGUCCUCCUGUAUCGAGUGUACUUCAGCCCAUUGUCCAAGUUCCCUGGUCCAACACUUGCUGCCGCUAGCAGUUGGUAUGAGUUCUACUACGAGUUCAUUCACAAAGGUGGCUCUCAGUUUGCUUUCCACAUCGAUGAACUGCACAAACAAUACGGCCCGUUCGUGCGCAUCACUCCAUGGGAGAUACACGUGAAUGAUUUCCAGUAUUACGACAAGAUCUAUUCCCAUCAGAUUCAUCAUGAUAAGCCAGAUCACUUGAAAUGGCGUGCAGGCCAACCCAAUUCCGCUUUCGCGACUCCAGACCAUCAUCUUCACCGUCGGCGAAGAGCUGCAAUCAACCCGUACUUUACGAAAUCGCGUGUCAGCGCGUUCGCUCCGUACAUCCAGAAGCGUUUGGACAGCAUGUGUCGUCGCCUGCAAUCUGAAUACGCUGGAAAGAAUAAGGUGCUGAAUGUGGGCGAUAUGUGGGGCUGUCUCGUGGCCGACACGAUAUCACACUAUGCUUUCCACAGAGAGUACAAUUGGAUCGAUACGGCCAUCGACUUCAAAUGCCCACUUCUAGAUCAGGUCGAUGUUUUCGCAGAUAUAAUGGACUGCGWCCCCCAUUUCCCAGUGAUCGGAAUGGCCCUGUACUUCAUACCAAAUUGGCUGGUCAGGACAUUGGUUCCAGGUAGCGCUGGCGCAAUGGAUUUUCUCAGCGAGAUCGAGUCGAACGUCAACACCAUUAAAUCGGCUGAUUUCAAGCCACUCGAGGACGCUCAGCACCGAAACAUCAUGUAUGAGCUUAUCCAUUCAGAUUUGCCAGAUUCGGAGCGCCGGCAAAAGCGUUUGGUCAGUGAAGGUCUGAGCAUCGUGUCUGCCGGGCUAGAGACGAGCAAGACGGCGCUCGAAAGAGCUACAUUCCGGAUCGUGAACGACCGAGCUAUAUACAAGAGGCUGAAGAAUGAGAUUACCGCAAUAUGGACCGAUCCCAAGAGCUCGGCUCCAACACUCAUGGAGUUGGAAAAUUUACCAUACCUAUCGGCCUGUGUGGAAGAAGCAUUUCGUUUAUCUUAUGGAACCCCGACUCGGCUGCCUCGUGUUCCUCGAGAGCCAUUCCCGCUUGGCGACAAGGUCGUCCCCGCGGGAUACGGGGUCGCCAUCCAGGCAUUGAGCGUCUUACACGAUCCCGAAGUGUUCCCAAAUCCAUGGGAAUACAUACCCGAGCGUUGGAUGGAUCCUUCCACACGAAACGACCUGAAAAGACACUUGGUAACGUUUGGAAGGGGGACCCGCGUAUGCGUUGGACAACAAAUGGCAUAUACGAUCAUGACUUUGGGAAUCGCGAAUUUGGUAAAGCGUGUUGACUUGGCCUUUUUCGAGACUGACAGAUCCGACAUCGAUCUAGUUCGGGCUAGCUUCAAGCCAAGGCCGAAGAAGGGAAGCCUAGGAAUCCGUGCGAAGAUUCAAGACGUUGAGAUAUGA